AUGAAUGACUCACUAUCCAAAAUCACGUCCAUAAUAGAGUCCGCCAAGGACUUGUCGAUGGAGGCAUUCUCGGCAUCGACCCGUUUGAUCGAUUCGCAAGGAGGAACAACGGCGCCAGAGGAGAUUUCCAAGCUUUUGAAUUCCAGAUCCAACAGGGACGUCCUCAAUGGGAUGAAGUGCGUGACGACGAUAGUCUCCAAGGGCGAAGACGGACUUUUCUAUUUUGCAGAUGUCGUCAAGAACAUCACGAGCGACAACGCAAAGAUUCGGCAGUUGGUAAUUGUCUACUUGACCAAAUUUGCUGACGCAGAAGCCGAUACUGCAUUGCUCUCGAUCAAUUCUAUUCAAAAAUCAUUGACUGACAAACUGCCAGCAAACCGAGCAAUUGCCAUUAGGGCACUAGCGGGGAUCAAGAUUAGCUCGAUUGUGCCAAUUGUAACGUUGAGCUUGAAGCGGGCGUCAACGGACCCGUCAGCGUUAACCAGAGCCGCGGCGGCUAUCUCUAUCGGCAAGAUUUACGGAAUAGCGGGCAAGUCCAAAAAGCAAAUCUACGAAAUUUUGGGCAAGUUGUUGUCCGACAGCGAUGUGGUUGUGGUUUCCGCUGCCAUCAAGUCCUACUCCAGAAUCAGGCAAAACGAGCUUGGCAACCAGCAUGAUGCUACUAAAUGGCAGCAUAUCCAUGGCAAUUUCAGGAGAUUCUGUGCACUAUUGACAAGGUUUGACGAGUGGGCGCAAGUAUAUGCGAUCGAUAUCAUGACAGAGUACUGCCGUAAAUUUAUAGCCAAACCAAGCAAAGACACUAUGGAUGCAGACUUGCAGCUUUACUUGAGCUCAUUGCGGCCGUUGGUGCAAUCCCUAUCUCCAAUGGUGGUUGUAGGCGUGGCAAAGGCCACGUACCUAUUAUCCCCAGCUACGUUUGCUGAAUAUCGAAUGGAAACUAUGCUAUGCAGAAUCGGGACCCGCGAUUCAUCCAAGUUUGCUGCAUUUGCCCUUGAAGUUGUGGCUUUGAUUUGCGAAAAAGACGCACUGCUAUUCGCGGCGGAGUUUAGACUGUUUUAUUUGUUUCCCGAUGACCUUGACGAAGUGGCAAGAUUGAAGCUUGAUAUACUUUCACUACUAUCGACAGAGGACAACUUCAAGUACAUUUUCGAAGAAUUGAAAUACUACUCCAUGAAUUCCAACGAUGAAAUGUCGAGCAAAGCCAUCAAGGCAAUGGCCAACUGUUCUCGGCUCUCGCCCCAAUGGAACGAGUCAAUUUUGAAUUGGUGCUUGUCCAAAAUUGAGAAACUCAAGGGCGACUUGUUGAUUGAGCUUUUGACCGUGAUACGUUUCAUCGUUCAGGAGAUGUACGAUACCAAUCCGAUUGCGGAAAAGAGAAAUAUUUUGCGGAUUAUGAACAAAUUGGCCUCGAUUUUGAGGACGUCAGCUUUGGAAAUGGACGCCGAAGCCAAGGCUUCAAUUCUAUGGACGAUAGGAGAGUACACGGCAUUUGUUGAAAACUCCAUCGGACCCGAUGUGUUGCGCUUGAUGCUCAAGUCGUUUGCUAACCAAGCGGAACCGGUGAGGUACCAGCUCCUUGUUUUGGCGUCGAAAGUUUAUGCAUACCAGUUGAUUACUCUAGCGAGCGACGUUGAGUCUGGUAAAUCAGACAAGGAGGCCGUGGGCCUCAUUUUGCAGCAGUCGGUUGAGUUUAAAAUGUUUCAACACACACUACAAUUGGCCAAGUAUGAUGUUUCAUACGAUACACGAGACCGCGCUCGGAUGUUUAGCGCGUUAUUGAACUCGGGGCUAGAGCGAGCACAGUUGGCCUCGUUGAUUUUGCAAGUGCCCAAGUUGAUCCCACUAGUGAAUCCAGAGAGCAUGAACACGAACGAAAAUGGUAUGAGGCUGUAUUUCACUGAGCCGGCAUGGACCGAGGACACCGGAGCAUUGCCACCUUCUUCAAUCAGAACUGAAGCACCUAUCCAGUAUAAUAAACUUUCCGACAGGGCCAUGUUUGCGUCGUCAGAGAAGGCCAGAUCGCCUUCGCCCAUUACGGACAAGGCGAUUUCGUCUAGCCAAAUCCAAAGCUCGGUUAAUCGGGCGAAGUUUGAACAGCAGAAACAAAAGACUUAUCAAUUGCAAAGCUUGGAUGAUUUUUUUAAGAGCGAGGAAGAGUCGAGCUCCGAGGAGGAGGAGGAGGAAGGAGAAGAGGAAGAGGUAGAGGAAGAUGAUGAUGACGAUGACGAUGACGAUGAAGAAGAAGAAGAAGAAGAAGAAGAAGAUGAUGAUGACGGCGAUGGUGAUAGUGAUGAAGAUAGUGAUGAUGGCACUGAUCAUGAUAAUGAUGCGGGUGAUGCCCAUAGUAAUGGCUAUUCUAAAUUCAAGAAAUAA